CCCUCCAGCCUGGGCAACAGAGAGAGACCCCCUCUCAAAAAACAAACAAACAAACAAACAAAAAAACUUCAGAGAUUCAGAGGUCCACAGAUGUGGAAGAGAGCUUCUAUUUUGUCUCAUUUGCCACCUCACCCCUCAGUUUGGAGUUGGAGAAACCGAGGCUUAGAGAGGUCAACGGGCUGGCCAAGCUCCCACAAUGAUAAAGCUAGGGCUAGGGCGACACCUGCCAGGCCCAAUGUGACAAGAUGCAUCCUGAGUCCUGUGUGCCAAGCCUUGGUGGGGCAAAGUUGGGGCCCAGAGGACGUAAGACACAGCAACUCCUAGUUCCCAGAGACAGAUCCGGGUUCCAGCCCCAGCUCACCAUGCACUGGGCGUGCCACCCAGGGAGUCAACCCCACUGCAGCCCCCGCCGCGGGGCGUCCAGGGAACCCACCAUCUGCGGCGUGAGCGGCCGCCUCUCACCACCAGGGAGCGCGCUCCGCCUGGGCCCAGAUUCCACCCCUUGACUGUCUCCCCCCAAAAUUUUCCUUUCACUUUCGGUCUCUGGCUGUCACCCGGCUUGGCCCCUUCCACACCCAGCUGGGGCAAGCCUGACCCGGCCACAGGAGGCAUGAGGGGCCCCCGGCCGAGAUGACAGUGCUGGCGCCAGCCUGGAGCCCAACACGCCCCCUCCCCUGCAGACCUGUCUCCUCCUGCUGCUGCUGCUGAGUUCGGGACUCAGUGAGACCCAGGACUGCUCCUUCCAACACAGCCCCAUCUCCUCCGACUUCGCUGUCAAAAUCCGCGAGCUGUCUGACUACCUGCUUCAAGAUUACCCGGUCACCGUGCCCUCCAACCUGCAGGACGAGGAGCUCUGCGGGGCCCUCUGGCGGCUGGUCCUGGCACAGCGCUGGAUGGAGCGGCUCAAGACUGUGGCUGGGUCCAAGAUGCAAGGCUUGCUGGAGCGCGUGAACACGGAGAUACACUUUGUCACCAAAUGUGCCUUUCAGCCCCCCCCCAGCUGUCUUCGCUUCGUCCAGACCAACAUCUCCCGCCUCCUGCAGGAGACCUCCGAGCAGCUGGUGGCUCUGAAGCCCUGGAUCACUCGCCAGAACUUCUCCCGGUGCCUGGAGCUGCAGUGUCAGCCUGACUCCUCAACCCUGCCACCCCCACGGAGUCCUGGGGCCCUGGAGGCCACAGCCCCGACAGCCCCGCAGCCUCCUCUGCUCCUCCUGCUGCUGCUGCUGCCUGUGGGCCUCCUGCUGCUGGCCGCUGCCUGGUGCCUGCACUGGCAGAGGACGCGGCGGAGGACACCCCGCCCUGGGGAGCAGGUGCCCCCUGUCCCCAGUCCCCAGGACCUGCUGCUUGUGGAGCACUGACCUGGCUGGGGCCUCAUCCUGGGGAGGACACUGAGGUACACAGAGGGGAGUCACUAGCCAGAGGAUGCACAGCCGGCACACAGAGGAAGUGGGCUAGAGGCUGGUCCCUUCCUUGGGCCCAAUACCCCUCUCAUUCCCUCCCCAGGAUGGAGGCAACGCCAGAACGCAGCACCGGCCCCCCUUACCCAAUUCUGUACAAAGCCCUUGUCCCCAUGAAAUUGUAUAUAAAUCAUCCUUUUCUACCAG